AUGCGCGCGACGCGUAGUGUCUGUGCGAGGAGGAUGGAUAUAUCGCUCUCUUCACGUUUCGUUCAAAAACAGUGCCAGUUUACGUUUAGGAACCUUUUUAAUUUUGAUAAUUUAGUUGUACCAAAAAACGGACAAAAAUGCAUUAAGGGAUAUAAUGCAAAUAACAUAAACGCCGUUACUUUGGCUACCUACGAUGAUAUAAUUACAGAAACAGGAACAGUCUGUGGUUACGGAGUUGAUGAAGACAACUCUCCAGGAGAACAGUUAGUGUGCUCGGAAUGGAUCCUGGAGCCUUUGGAAGUUGGAACUACCGUGGGUAUUAGUGAAGGUGUCCCGCCUACCCGCUAUGAUAUCGGUGCACCCCUCGUGAGCAAUGGUGUCCAGAUUGGUGUCCUCACGUCUCUGGUAGAAGGACCCACUGCUGUUUUCAAGAACCCUGCUAUCUACAGAGACUGGAUUAAGGAACAAACCGGUGUCGAACUUUAA